AUGACCUCAUCAAAGUUAAGAAAUCAGAUAUGCCAACCAUUUUCUAAUCUAACACCCCGUGCAAGACUGCUUCAAUUUGGAAGGCUUGGGACAUCCUUGAUCUCAAUAGUGCUUGUAAUUUUCUUACUUGUUCUACCGUUUCACAACUCACAUUUUUACUUGGCGAAGCUUGAUUGUAAUCAUGUGGAUGUCAGUAAUGGAAUAUUUACUUCAUUGCAAUCUGCAAUGAACGAUGGUGAGACCGAUUCCUUUAUGACUACAUCCGAGAUUCAAAUUUUAGCUCAGUAUACCAGCCAUCAGGUGUCUACAGCAGCCCAAUUCAUACAAUAUAGCAUAACUGGAUGGUGCUAUGGCACAUAUAGCUCUGCCGAAACGUACAAUGCAGUGACAAACAAAUUUAUUGCUAUUCGAAAAGGUGAUUCAAGAGUGAGGUGCUCAACGCCAAGUCUAAGCUACGUCUUUGAUUAUCGGGGAGAGCUCUCAGAUGUUGGAUUAAAUAUCGUUCUUUCGUACGCGUACGUGAAAGGUGAAUUUUCUACUGAAGCAGAACAUUACGUGCCAGAUAAGAGCUAUAAAACGCUUUUGGAGAAAAGGCGGACCAGAAAUACUGCUGUGAUAGGUCUUUUGAUGUCAUCAUUGAUAAUCCAGCCAUUUUUAUUGAUAUUUGGAACAAUAUAUUACGGUCUACGAGGAAAGCAGAAAAAUGAUAAGUUAAUGCCCUCAUUUACGAGACAACUUUUUGGUUUUGUGUCAGCAAUCUCAUUUAUUGCUGUACUUUCUUCUGCUUUAAUUAAUAUCUCAUUGUACGAAGAAAUAAAGCGGGAAAUUCGUUCACAGCUAGGAGAUUUUGGGUUGACUGUACACAGUGGACCUAUGUACCUAUUUGUAUUCUGGUUAAUCGUGCUGCUCCAAUUUAUAUGCAUAUUUCUUUGGGGAGGUCCUGUCUGGUGUGCUACAUCUGAAUCAGGGAGGGUCCAGUCUCGUGAACUAGAAGAGGAAGAAGCAUUUUUGAAUAGGAGACCUACAUCGUUUGAAAGUGAUGGUGGAUUUGAACUUUCAAGAACAUCAAGUACAUCCACAGACAACAUUUUUAACGUUGGCCGUCCACCAUCAAUCAAUGUUGACUCUGGCUCUUUAUCUAAGAUGGAGACAAAUGGCUAUUCAUCAGCAUCAUCGGAUGUUUUAAUUGCACAUUCAAAAAAUGCAGGUUUAGGAAUCAAAACUGCAAAAUCAGAUAACUCCCUUGGGCAAUACCAUGCGGGGCAGGGCUACUCUGGAUUUCAAAGAAUAUUGUGUGGUAAAGCAUCAACUACCUCAGAGCUUACAUUAAAUGCUUCCGAUACAAGCGAAAGCGUUGCAAAAUAG